CGAAACGUCAACCUGUCACCCAUUAGAAAACCCCAACAAAAUUAUGUAUUUUAAAUCAAAAUUAAACAAUAAGACAUAAAACUAGCUCAAACCGAUUUGACAAUGAUUUUUUAGCCACCACUUCAUUUUCAGCAAAGGACAAAAUGAGUAACUGAAUAAAAAAAAAAUAUUGUAACAUAUUGUUUAUUUGCUUUAUGAAAUCAUGGAUAUAGCUAAAUCCUUAUUUCGUGACAGAGAUCACGAAGGGUAUGACGGAAAAGAAGACCACAAUAAAAGGGAGUUGGAAAAUGCUAUAGCGGACAUUGUAGAUGAGGAUUCUUUUGUGGAAAACUUUUCAGAGUCUUUAAAUAUGAACGAUUUGUUAACCCCAAGUCCAGGGGGGCCUUUUUCAGCCCUCACACCAUCUAUGUGGCCCCAAGACCUAAUGGCUAAACUCUCUGUUUUGCCUGACGACCCUAACUCACAACCUGAGUACAGGUUUGAUGAAUUUGGCUUUAGAGUAGAUGAAGAGGAUGGUCCUGAACAGAAUUCCAACAAGCUAUUGGGUAUACCUUUUGUAGAGGACCCUCAACAUAGACUGCAAUGGGUUGCUCAUUUAGAGUUCUCACACAACAAAGAAGUGUCAGAUUUGACAUGGGAUCAAGUCGAAGUUAGGUUAGCUAGAACAGAUAAACUACUUACUAUGGUGAGAUCAGGUAUACCUCACUCACUAAGACCACAAAUGUGGUUGCGAAUGUCAGGGGCUUUAGAAAAGAAAAACCAUUCGGAAUUGACUUACAAAAGCAUAGUGAAAAUGUCAAGCAAUGAUUCAUUAAUGACCUCAAAGCAAAUCGAGAAAGAUUUGCUUCACACUAUGCCUACAAAUGCUUGCUAUAGCAAUAUUAACAGUACUGGAAUUCCUAGGUUAAGAAGGAUUUUAAGAGGGAUUGCCUGGUUGUAUCCAGAUAUAGGAUAUUGUCAGGGUAUGGGUAUGAUAGCAGCCUCUUUACUACUCCUAUUAGAAGAGGAGGAGGCUUUUUGGAUCAUGGUGACAAUUGUUGAAGACCUCUUGCCUGCCUCAUAUUAUAGCUCAACUUUAUUAGGUAUCCAAUCGGAUCAAAGAGUCUUGCGCACACUCAUCACAAACUAUCUGCCUGAAAUUGAUGAAACUCUUAAAAACCACGACAUAGAGUUAUCCUUGAUUACCACUCAAUGGUUUUUAACAUUGUUCGCAAGCGUUGUACAUAUGAAAAUAUUGCUUAGAAUAUGGGAUUUAUUUUUCUUUGAAGGCUCAAUUGUUUUGUUUCAAAUUACUUUAAGUAUGCUGAAAAUGAAGAAACCCCAAAUUAAACUACUUGAAAAUGCUGCUCAAAUAUUUAACGCUUUGGCUGACAUUCCUGGAGAGAUUGACGAUGUGGAGAAGUUGUAUGAGGUGUCAGUAGAAUUGACGAAUUCUCUGAACGAAGUGAUGGUUGAAACUUAUAGAAGAAGACAUUUGGCUUAUCUAAUGGCUGAUCAGGGGGCCCUAGUCGGUAAUCCGGAGGCAGCCUCAAAUCUUCCAAAACAGCACUUGGCGAGACGGCAAAUAAAGAAAAACAAAUCGGUUAUACAGUUGCUUUUGUUCAAUGAGACAACUGAAGAUGAUAUAAAGUGCAAAAACAUCAAGCAGACUGAAAUUCUAGUUGAUUUAAGGGAAGCCAUCUUACAGAUAUCUCGUCAUUUUCUGCAAAUGGACCCAAAGCUGAGCUCGGAAAUAUCCCUGAUAGCGGAUUACACGAUGGAGAGCCACGCCCAGGACCACGCCAACUACAUAAACGUCUCAAAAAAUCGCAAAAGGCGCGCCAAGGCUCUCCUGGAUUUCGAGCGCCACGACGACGACGAAUUGGGCUUCAGAAAAAAUGACAUCAUCACGAUAAUCAGCCAAAAGGACGAGCAUUGUUGGGUGGGAGAGUUGAAUGGGUUAAGGGGCUGGUUCCCCGCCAAAUUCGUGCAAUUGCUGGACGAGAGGAGUAAACAGUACAGCAGUGCUGGCGACGACAGCAUUUCCGAGACUGUCACUGAUCUUGUCAGAGGCACUUUGUGUCCUGUGUUGAAGCAGCUUUUGGAGCAUGGAAUGAAGAGACCAAACUUUUUAGGUGGGCCAUGUCAUCCCUGGCUAUUUAUUGAAGAAUCAGCCACCAAAGAAGUUGAAAAAGACUUUAAUUCAGUGUACAGCCGCUUGGUUUUGUGUAAAACUUAUAGGCUAGAUGAAGAUGGAAAAGUAUUAACUCCUGAAGAGUUGUUAUAUCGUUGUGUUCAAUCUGUGAAUCUGUCUCACGACAAUGCGCACGCCCAAAUGGACGUUAAGCUAAGAUCCCUCAUCUGUAUGGGGCUUAACGAGCAGGUUUUGCAUUUAUGGUUGGAAGUAUUAUGUUCGUCGAGCGAUGUUGUCCAAAAAUGGUACCAUCCGUGGUCGUUUGUUUAUAGUCCUGGCUGGGUACAAAUAAAAUGUGAUCUGAGAAUAUUAUCUCAAUUAUCGUUUAACUUGAAUCCUGACUGGGAGCUGCCAGUGAAAAAAGAAUCAAACAAUCAGCCAUUAAAAGAUGGCGUUCGUGAUAUGCUGGUGAAACAUCAUCUGUUUAGUUGGGAUAUAUAAUAUAACGCCUUUAUCACUAUUAUCCUCUUAAUUAACCCAACUAAAAAAAUAUAAGAA